AUGGCCAUGUACAACUUGAGUAGCUACAACACAGAACACUUUACUCUUUUGGGCAUCCCUGGAUUGGAGAAGUACCAUGUCUGGAUCAGCAUCCCCUUCUGCUUUAUCUAUCUUGUGGCCAUUGUGGGUAAUAGUACUCUUCUCUACCUCAUUGUGGUGGAGCACAGUUUUCAUGCUCCCAUGUUCUUUUUCCUUUCUAUGCUGGCAAUCACUGACCUCAUGUUGUCUACCACAUGCAUCCCCAAAACUCUUACCAUCUUCUGGUUUGGUCCGCAGAGAAUCAGUUUUCCUGGCUGUCUCACCCAAUUAUUCUUUCUGCACUACAGCUUUGUCCUGGACUCAGCCAUCCUCCUAGCCAUGGCAUUUGACCGCUACGUGGCCAUCUGCUUACCCUUGAGAUACACCACUAUUCUGACCCCCAAAACUAUUGUCAAUAUUGCUGCAUUAAUCUCUUUCCGAAGUUUCUGUGUUUUUGUCCCAUGUGUUUUCCUUGUGAAUCGUCUACCUUUCUGCAGGACACAUAUCAUCCCUCAUACAUACUGUGAGCACAUAGGUGUUGCCCGGCUGGCCUGUGCUGACAUCUCCAUCAAUAUCUGGUAUGGUUUUUGUGUCCCCAUCAUGACAGUGAUUACAGAUGUGAUCCUAAUUGCUGUCUCCUAUAUCCUCAUCCUCUAUGCUGUAUUCUGCUUCCCAUCCCGAGGAGCCCGCCAGAAAGCCCUUGGCACCUGUGGUUCCCAUGUCUGUGUCAUCCUCAUGUUUUACACACCAGCAUUCUUCUCCAUUCUCGCCCAUCACUUUGGGCAUAAUGUCUCUCGUACCUUUCACAUUAUGUUAGCUAACCUCUAUGUAAUCAUCCCACCUGCACUCAACCCUAUUGUCUAUGGAGUAAAGACCAAGCAGAUCCAGGACAAAGUCAUUCUUCUACUCUUUCCCAAGGGCCCCAAUGAUAUAGGCCUGAAAUCUGGGAGGUGGGGAUAA